AUGGACGAAAAACCUUUCAGAGCGUCUUUGGGCAGCCGUGACUCAGACAUGUCGAGCCCAGAGGACAUCCGGAAUCUGUGGACCAGGGCCACGCUGUCGCAGCCGAAGCUGAAUGGGCCCCGGUCCAGUGUUGGCGAGGACUCGGACAUGGAGGGCAGCAGCGUUGGCAGCAAGUCUCGCCCGUGGUACAACCAGAAGGCCAGAGGCGACUCGGACGGUAUUUGGGAAGAAUGGGAUAUCAGAGAGGACAAGGACAGUUUCAAACAGGAGGAUCUGGACAAGCCCUCCUUGCUGGAGCUGGAGCUAAGUCGGGCCCGCUCCCUGGGAAGCCGUUUAGAGGAGCAGGACGGCGAUUCCAAGGAGUCCAAGACCGACACCGAAAUGUCUUCCUCAGAGUCAUCGCUCAAUAUCUCAAAGCACACACCCCAUCGAGCCUACUGGAUGGAGCAGCAGAACAGGCUGCCACUGCCUCUGAUGGACCUCAUGGAGAAUGAAGCUCUGGAAAUCCUCACCAAAGCCCUCAGGAGCUACCGGUCAGGCAUUGGCCGGGACCACUUCCUGACCAAGCAGCUGCAGCGAUACAUCGAGGGACUCAGGAGACGCCGGAACAAGAGGCUGCGCCUCUUGAUGCACUGAGAGCACCGCCUCGGGCUCCGGCUGGAGUGACAGAGAGGCCGGCUCCAGUCUCUGGGCCCCCGGCCGGUCCCCAGACCCAAGCCCGACCCUGCCCACAUGGAAUUUGAGUCCUAGAGAAAUAAAAGACUCUGUGCACGGUCGGUGAGUCAGUGCGUGGCUGCCCGCGUGAGGCGGACGCACAUGGCUCCGCCUUUCCCCGUGACCUUCACGCGGUCACCGCAGUGACCUUGAGCGUUCUCCGUCCGGGCUCUAUUGGCUCCGCCUUCCCGGGACUCGAAAUCCAGGACUUCUCGCAUGUUUUAUGCCUGCUUCUCCCACCCUGGGUCCAGCAGCUGUGUGGGGAUACAGGAUCUGCGGUCCAAGUGCCCCUGUGGUGUAAUCUUGGGGGAAGGGUGAGAAGGUAAAGGGGCAGCGCCUCCCCUCUAGUUUGGGCAUGCUGGGCCCCGCCCCUCAUGCAUAUGCAGUUACACUAACCUCUCCGCUCGUCCCGCCCUCUCAUUUACAUAUGUAAGUCGUCUCCCUG